AUGCUGCGACGCCAUCCUCAGCUUAUGCUCAAACUUCACUAUCUGUUGGCAAUCUGCGGCACAGCGUUCCUCGCAUACCAUCUGCGAAUUGCUGGAUCAGUCUACUUCUGGGUGUUGGUCAGCGCGGCGGGCCAGUGGGCCAUGUCAUGUGGGGCUUUGUGGGCACAAACAAUGAGCGCGCUUCGGUCCUGGAAAGACGUCCGGCUCCAAGCUGAGGCAAGAGUAUCCAAACAACUCCUCUGGCUCGAGAUCUCGGCACCCCGACAGUGGAAUAUCCAGGCCGGUCAGCAUGUACAACUGUGGAUGCCGCGAUCGGGGUAUCGCUCUUGGCUCCAUCUGCCGCUUUUCUAUGUGGCGUAUGUGGGAGAAGAAGAAGAGCAACAGCAAAAUAUUGGCUCUCACACUUCCAACCGCCGUCUACACUUUCUCGUGCACUACCGCCGAGGUCUCACCAAGAGACUCGCUUUACAGGCGGUGAAGGCCAAUUUUAGCUUCCCGGUCUUCAUGUUCGGACCCUUUGGACACCCGCCCUACUUUGGAAACUACGGCACGGUCUUGUUUGUGGUUGAAGAUAUCGGCCUGUUUCGAAUUCUGCCCUUCAUUCAACAGCUGGUUCAUGGCAGUCGCAGGAGAGAGACAGUGGUGCGGAAGCUGGAGAUUCUGUGGGCGGUGGAUUGGAGCAGUAUCGUUGAACUGGAGCUUCUUGUCGAGCCCAGAAUAGUUGAAGCAUCUGUUUCGGCUAAUCAUGUCCCAGGGAUCUUUGAGCGGUCCAGAUAUAAGUCGUGGGUCUAG